AUGAAGAUGAAGAACGUGAUUGUUACCGAUGAUGAAGUCGAAGCUUUCUUUUCUAAAGCAGAUGGUGCAACGUUGGUGUAUUUUUUAAACCAAUUGCUAGCUGCUUUGCAAACAUAUACUGUGGAUCCUUCAAUUAACCCACCAAGAAUGGCACACAAGAUCAUCUCGAAGGAUGGUGACGAGGUAACUCAUUUAAUAAUGCCUGUUGUAAGCCAAGAGUACUCAGGUGUCAAAACAUUAGUCAACAAUCCCAUCCUUGGGUUACAAGGCUCAAUUACUGUGAUGGAUCCAAUUGAUGGUACAUUAAAGGGGUCGUUAGAGGCUAAAGUAAUAACUGCAGUGAGAACUGCAUUAGUUAGUUGUCUACCCUUGUAUUUAUACCUUAAGGACCAUUUGGAUGCUUUCAAAGAUUCACAAUUUAUAAAUUUAUCUGUUUUCGGUACCGGGUUGCAAGCUAAAUGGCACAUCAUAAUAGCAAUCAAACUGUUGCAUUAUUUAUAUCCAAGCAAACCAUUCCAUGUGACUACAAUUUAUCGCACCAGACCAAUUAAUACCAAAGUCUUAAAAGAAUUACUAGGGAAAGAUGCUGUUAUAACUCUUAAUGAUAUUCAAAUAGAUGAUAAACUUGGGGUGAGGAAAUGUGUUGGGCAAAGUAACGUAAUAUUUGGCUGCCUACCAACGUUGACACCAAAUUUGUUUUGCCAGGAUUUGAAUCGUGAUGGAUCGUUUACUUAUAUUUCGUUGAUUGGCAGUUAUCGAUCAACAAUGCAUGAAUGUGAUGAGGAGCUGAUCGAUAUGUUCAAGAACUCAAGUACACCCAUUAUUGUUGACUCCUGUGAACAUACUUUAUCUGAGGCAGGAGAAUUGAUUUCAGCAAACGUUAAAAAGAGUAAUUUGGUAGAAAUUGGUGAACUUUCUGCUAGUAGUAUUCCUGUUCUCGAAGUCGAUGGGAAUCACUUUAUUCUUUGCAAAAUCAUUGGAUUGGCUGUUAUGGAUAUUGCAGUUUCUCAAUUAUUAUUGAAGGUAUUAGGCGAAUAA